AUGGGAAUUGAUUUACAGCUCGCCAGGGUAAAGACAUUACUUUCGAAGCUUGAUUUUAGCCCGAAAUUCAAAGCAAUUCACAUUGCAGGCACCAACGGAAAGGGAUCAGUAAGCUCGUAUGUGUCUCAUGCGCUCACGGCGCAAGGAAUCCGCAACGGCCGCCUUAACUCGCCGCACCUGCUAUACAAAUGGGAUUCUGUCCAGAUAAACGAUAGAGCAGUAUCGGAAGGAGACUUUGCUGCUGCAGAAGGCCAUGUGCGUGAAAUUGAUCGCCAAGAUAACAUCAAUUGCACAGAAUUCGAACUACUCACCUGCACAGCCCUGAAGAUGUUCAAUGAAAGAGGAGUGCGGGUGGCAGUUCUUGAGACGGGCCUCGGGGGACGGUUGGACGCCACCAACGUGCUAUCAGCAGCAGGAACACUGUGCACCGCCAUAACAAAAAUAGGAUUGGACCACGAGCAUUUACUGGGAAGCACACUUGAGAAGAUAGCGUACGAAAAGGCGGGAAUUAUCAAAGAGGGUGUCCCAUGUGUUGUUGAUGGGUCCAACGAGAGCUCUGUUUUGCGCACAAUUGAGGAAAUAGCAAGAAAGAAGGGUUCAGAAUAUUUGCCCGUGAGCGACUCUCCGACCCAAAAAUUUGACCGUUUGGGAGCAUGUCUGGGGGAUUUCCGUACCAAUCUUCCCGGCGAGUACCAGCAGAUGAACCUUUCAGUUGCCCUUGGGAUCUUGAAUGUCCUCUCACGUACGUUCCCGGUUCGGAAAGAUGCCAUAGAGCGAGGCAUCAGAAACACGAGGUGGCCAGGCCGACUGCAGAAACUCGAUCUUAUGCUCCGCUCAGGUACAGUUCCAGUUUUGCUUGAUGGAGCGCACAAUAGUCAGGCAGCAGAGCAGCUUUCAAAAUACCUGGGCACUUCUCGAUCAACGGGGAUCACCUUUAUCAUUGCAAUGACGUCGGGGAAGGAUGCUUCCGGACUGCUUCAGUCCCUUAUCAAGCCCCAAGACGCGGUCAUCUUCACACGAUUCACGGAGCCCGUGGACGGGAUGCCCUGGAUUGAAAGUUAUUCCCCGGAGGAACUAUCUACCAAAUCGCGACUCAACGUCAAAUCCACUAUCGAGCCAAACUUGGAAGCAGCAUUAUCAACGGCCCAGCAUAUCCAGAAGCCCAUCGUCAUUUGCGGCAGUCUCUACCUAGUGGCAGAAGUUUUGCGUCUGCAUCUACGCAAUGGAGGUGUCCAGACAUGGUGA